AUGGCGGCCUCGAUCUCGCCGUCGGUCAUCAUGACCCAGAUCUCUCACUACCUCAGUCCCAAUGAGACGUCGGACGCUCUUUUCCAGCCUCAAACGGCCGUGAAUGCCAUCGGGACCUACAAGUGGUUCAUUGGCACCGGCAUCUUUUUGCUCGUGGCUGCCAUCCAGAUCUUCAAGUAUUCGCAACGAGACAAGCCCCCACCAGGCCUCAAGCUCAUCCCGGGUCCGACGAGCACCAUCCCCUGGCUUGGACGCGUGCACGAUGUCGAUCCCAACGCGCCGUGGUACGCCAUGGCAAAGUUUUGUGAUGAAUAUGGUGGGAUUUUCCGCUCCACCAUCUGUGGUGAGAUGCAUAUUUGGAUCGGCGACAGCAACAUUGCCUAUGACCUGUUGUGCAAAAAGGCCCGGAUUUAUUCCUCGCGGCCCGAGGUGCCUGCCGUGCCUGGAAGCGAUUCCCAGGGCCAAUAUCUCCCACUUCUUGCCCAUGACGACCAUUGGCGCAACCAGCGCAAGUUCGCCCACACCGUUCUGACCCAGGGCUUCAACUCGAAGUACUACGGCUAUGUCAGCCACGAGUGCAAGCGCUUCCUCUACAAGCUCCUGAUCGACCCCAAGGACCACUUUGCUCUGACCGAUCGUUAUUGCGGCCGCAUCAGUGCCCGGCUGGGAUAUGGCAGCCCGGCAUCUGCUGCUGCCCACUGCAAGAAUGCCGGGGAAUUCAUCCCCCAAAUCUCGCCCUCCGGAUCCGUCACCAAUCUGUUGCCCAUGCUCGGUAGCCUGCCGGAGUGGCUCAACCCCUCCAUCCGCAAGGUGCGGGAACGACGCGAGAAGGAGGAGAAGCUGUGGAAGGGUCUGAUGAAGCAGGUCCGCGAGGACAUGGACAAGGGAAUCGCACCCAUCAGCUACGCCCGGACAUACUUUGAACGCAAGGAGAAAGAGAGCGGCUCGCGCUCGUUUGGAUUUGACGACCACGAGGCCGCCUACGCCGUUGGGAUGCUGGUGACGGUGGCCAUCUUCACCAUCGGUGGUCCUCUGUACUGCUUCUUCCUGGCCAUGGUUCUUCAUCCUGAGUGGCAGGAGAAGGUUCGCGAGGAAUACGACGCGGUGAUCGGCGACCGGGUCAUUGAGGUCACUGAUGCCCCGAGCCUGCCAAUUCUUCGAGCUGCGAUCAAGGAGUGUCUCCGAUGGCGCCCACCGGUGCCGCUGGGCGUGCCGCGUCUCCUCGAGGAAGACGACGAAUGGAACGGCUACUUCCUUCCCAAGGGUGCCGUCAUCCAUGCCGUCGAACUCGCUCUUUCCCGCAACCCGGCGCUCUACCCUGACGCCGAGACCUACAACCCCGGCCGAUGGCUGGAGAAGGAAUUCCCCACCUACAAGGAGCCUCUGACGGAGCAUCCGCGCCUGAUGGGCCACCACGGGUUCGGCAUGGGCCGCCGCAUGUGUCCCGGCAUCGAAGUCACCGAAGCUGAGCUGCUCGUCUCGUGCGGCAGCAUCGUCGGCUGUUUCGAGCUGCACCCAGUCAAAGAUGCCAACGGUCAGCCGAAAUGGCCCGACUCCAUGGCCUUCACCCCCAACCUGAUCGGAGGUCCUCUUCCGUUCCAGAUGGACGUCAAAGUCCGAAGCCCCGAGAAGGCGGCCCGGAUCAAGACAUGGUACGAAGAGAGUGUUGCUGCCGAGGCCGCCGGCAAGAUCGGGGCUGGCUUGUAG